CUCAUGCUGAGGCGUGCCUGCCCCCGCCUGUACAGACUGAAGGGAUGUCGUGGCCGCAUGCCUGCAUUCAGCCAUCAAUCCAGACUACACUGUGAACAAUGUUUAAUCAACAGAUUGGCAAGGACAUGCACGCCGGAUGAUCUGCACACCCUGCCUCACAUCCAGCCACAAGUUUAGCACGUGAUGUGUUUGCCCACGUGAUGCAGCAGCACUCGAUAUACGGAGCCCUUCUUGCAUCUCAAUGCGCCAAGGCAGCAGCGCCAAAAUCGAGCCAUGAUGACACAUGCAUCCGACGACCGAACAUGUCAAAGUGUGCUGCUACAUUGAAACCUGCCCGUCGCGAGGCGCUCUGUCGACAGCGAGUUCUUCCUCAAGCAGACCAAGAUUAUCCACGGCGGCACCUCCACCUUGUCCCCGAGCUGCUGCCCCAGGACGCUCCACAAGUGGAUGUCGGAGGCGCGUUGAAGCUCAUCACCGUGCUGUUGACAUCGAAACAAUGCUCAAGGACACGUCGCCUGUGUGUGCUAGGCUCGCGAUGCUCGCCGUCGUGCUGCUGGGCCCCGAGACACUGCUGAGAAAUGUGCCCCGUGUGGAAGUCGAAUUCGCGCCGCUGAUCACCGUCGCAUCGCCAAUCCUCGGAAUGCUAUACAGAAGCGCGUGGCACCUGGAUGUCGGCGUUGACGAGCCGCGCGCCCUCAUUGCGCUGGUGUGUUACAGGGCGUUUCCCUGGAGCACGUCACGGGUGGAUGCAGCCGUCGUACUCCCGUGCUGCUGCGCUGGUCCUCGGCGUGUGCCUUCAGAGACGCACCACGUGUGGACGCCGCGGUUCAACAUCAUGCUGUUCAUCCUCAUGCCGGUUGUCGCCGAGGUGGCGCUCGAAGUAGAUGUCGUCAUCGACGAGGUAUCGGUCGUUUGCGAAAAGCGUGACGACGCUAUUCGCGUCAAGGCCAGCGCCAGUUGUGCUCCUGAUGGGCGCUGGUCACUGUUGGUGGCGAACACGACGACCACGUACCAACAUAAUCACGCAAAGACACAUCCCGCAAAUCCACGUCCAAUCGGAGCCCCUUGAUGUGGCCCACCCAAGUCGCCCUGGCGUCGGCAUUGCGGUCUCUUCAAUAAGACGGGUGAGACGGGGAUGGACCCCCGCAGAAGUUUCGGCCAACAUGCCUGAGC